AUGAGUUCCGAUUCGCAACCUAGACCUUAUAUGGUUGGGUCGAUGGUGAACUACCUAUUCUUCAGCAGAUUAUUGCCAUUGCUACCAAUCGAGUCCACUGCUACAUCUCAUGUGGAGGUUGAGGCAGAGCCAUUUUUCAUUUCAAUUAGGGGUGUCCUGAUGAAGAUUGCUAUCUUUAAAGAUUUGAACAUUGUGAUAGAGAAUGCACUUAAUUUAUUAGAGUCUAUACUUGACGAUGAAGAUAUUAUAUCUGGAAAGAUAAAACCAGAUGCAAUUCAAUCGAGCUUAGUGGUUGUACGAUUGCUAAGUGACAUUGUGGAAUUCUACUGGCAAUAUAAUGAACAAAAAAGCAACGAUAAGGACGAUAUGAACACCAACAUAGAUAUUUUCGAGAUCAAAAGUUUUGCUACACCAGACUUUGAUCCUAUGGCUAGAAAGAAAUCCAAUUUUGAUUGGCAAAAGAAGCAACAAAAUAUGUCGAGUUUCUUUGUCGGAUACUCAACGUCUAAGACGUGCUAUCAUCAAAAGCCUCCCAAAAAACUUGAUGGAGAUGUCAUAUCGAGACUUAUAUAUACAUGUGCAAGGUUGACGUUCAAUACACAAACACUUGAAGUGCUGAAGAACAUAGAAAAACAUUCACCCGAAGAUGUUCACCAACCUAACACGUUAGACCACUAUGAUGCGUAUUUGAAAACAAACAAUUACCCAGAAUACUGUAGUAACAUGGAUAAUACGAUAAAUCACAUAUUAAAGUUUAUUGCCGCAGCAAAUCCAAAAGAAUAUGUGAAGUUUGUGGAAACUAACGUGCAAAAUCUUUUGCAAGAGAAUGCUCUGGAGGCCGAAAAAUACAUUAUAGAAUAUUUGGACUUAUUUAGUUAUGCUUUCAUUACAAAGGACUUCCUACCGACUUACCUGAAGAAGGUGAGCAGUGUGUUACAUUCUUUGAAAAAUCCAGCAUACAGGUGCUUACUCCUUUUCUUUGCAUCAGAAUCACUACUAUAUUGGAUUAUGCUGCGACCUAGGGAUUUUAUGGGAAUAUAUUCGGUGGUGGAAGGUCACCAUCCUGGUUCAACACAUCUAGAGGUGAAUAAAACCACCAGUGUUAUAGCUAAUGAAUUAUUUGAAGAAAUCUACACCAUGUUUAACGUCAGUUCGAUUUUAUCUAGUACCCAAAGCAUUAAUAUUUUGAAUCCAAUCAGAUAUAUGGAAAGAUCUGUCAGUCCGAUACCUACGGAAUCCAAUGAAUAUCGAACGAAAUCGCAUAGAAAUAGUUUCCUGGAGCGAGAAAAUAGAGGACUGAAAUCUUCAUCUCCUGAUCCAUUAGAAGUACACACACCGGCCCCUCAGUUUGGUGACGUGUUCCAAGAUGUACCGACUCCCAUGUCUCGAACUUCUCCAGAGAUUACUCUGAAUGCCUCUGACUUGAUAAAAAAUUAUCCUGCUACCGCCAGAAAUAUGACGUCUUCAACAGCUUCUAAUUCUUCUAGUAACUCUAAAAAUUUCAACCCAUUUGUCGACUUCGAUACCAUCAAAAUACAACCUGAGAAUACUAAGCCAGAAAUACCUCACUUGGACAAUGUUUUAGAUUUGUACACGAUUCAUGACCAAAGCAUUGCGCUACCUCAUACUUCGGUGCUGCGGUUCUUAACCACUUUAGUCAUGAUUGAUUUGGAUGCCUUCACGGAAUUGAAUUCGACACCUUCUAAAUAUUUAACAGAUAUCGAUAAACUAACCAAAGGAACAGCUACUUCUAGAACAUCGUAUAGUAAAUUUGAUUCAUCAAAACAGAAAGAGAAGAAUGGCAGUAUGAAACAGCUAUCAAAUAGUUGGAAAAAAUUAACAAAUUUGCAGCUGUCAAAAAAGAAAACUGUGAAAUUUUUAAAAGCUCUAAUUAAAAAUCUAAAUGGUCUUCAAUAUGUCUGUGACAAUGCCCUCCUCGAUACAAUAGGAUCAUUAUUGUGCUUGAUGAAUAUGAAUUCAGCUCUUUCGCUUGUGGAGCCAAAUCUGCCAUCUGUCCUUUUUUCGCGUAGAUUCUUAGUGGUUUUAGGAAAAAACUUAGAUGUUGGUGAAAACUGGGAUGGUAAGCUUAAUACCAGUAUGAUUGAAUGCUUGCAAAAAUAUCCAAAGGUACAUGGGCGUUUCUUGCUGAGCUAUUUUUCAUCAGCAAUACGAUUUGAUUAUAUGUCAUUCUUAAACCAUUUAAAUUUGGAGGAUGCUCUCAAUUCAUUUGAUUUACGUAAAUUGAAUUUCUACACUGAAGGUUUUAGAAUUUUCUUUCACUUACCCAAUACAGAGUCGUUAUUAAAAGCUGUAACUGAGCAGACAUCAGAUUUUAUAAAGAUAUUGUUCUCCAAUAUUGCUGACAUAUUGUUAGCAGCCAACGCAUAUUUUGGAGAUAAAGUUUCUGAUAUCGUUAACUCUAUCUUGGAUGGUACUAUAUUAGACGAAUAUGGAACGAGGAAGCAUUUCACUGGCAGUACGUCCUCCGAUGUAUCAUCCGUCAGGUCCUUCUCUCCCCUACAGAGAGGUUUUACGCCUGGGAUUAGCCCAUCAUUUUCUGAAAUUGAAAACUCCGGACAUUUGUAUGCUUCCGCCGAGUCAGCUUCUCCAAGGAUUUCCGAUUCAGACUCAAGCCAAACUUCUCUAGAGAAUAGCUCUCAAACCGAAUCUCAACUAUCUCAUUUAGUUGCACCUCGUCCCCAUCACAUUCCACCUACUUCUUCAAACUUAAGGACUUCUGUAUUAUCUUCUGCUGCUGUGAGAGAGAAGUCAUAUGCAUCUUCAGGAAGAAACGCAUCAAACGAACCUACAGCAAACAUUGCUGCGGCUUUAAUGACGGUAACAACCUCAACUCCAUCAAUAACCAGCAAUGCAAUGAAAUCAGCAUAUCAAAAGUCAAAGAGAAGAUAUUCAGAUGAAGCAGCAAGACGAUUUUUUAGGUUGAACAUGUCAAAUGUCUCCGAAAAUGCAUUAAUGGACUCCAACAGUGAACCAAAUCCUGAGGCAAAAUAUAUCAUGAUAUCAAUAUUCAGCAUAUUCAAAACACUAACUAAAUACUUCAUUGUUCCCCAUGAUCAAAAUUCGAAGUCUAGUUGGGUUUCUAAAGAUUUCCGUAAUAUUAUCAAACCAAUCUUUGUCGCAUUUAUUAGUGAGGACGAUAAUUUACAGUCAAAGGCGAAAUAUUUUAUGGAUGUUUUAAUCGAAUUCGUAACCAAGUUCAGUGACUCUACCGAACCUUUAACCAUGCAAGGUUAUCAUCUGAUUUGUAGCUAUACGAUUAUAUUAUUUGCUGUUGGUCUAUUUGACAUGAAACUGGACACUAAGAAACGGGAAAGUUUACUUGACAUUGUAGUCCAGUUUAUGCGUGUAAGAUCGCAUUUGGGAAUAACUGCCGAAAAGACUAAUCAGAUCAACAUCAUUAAGGAUAUUGAAUGUGCAACAUUUCCAAUGAUUCUGGGCAUCGUUGGUAGAGGACUCUUUGUUUCCCUAUAUUGCAGUAAGCCAAGUGUCCAGAAAAUCUUGAAGGCAGCUUUCAGCGAGUUCCUAGAGCUAUUGCAAUUUCAUGACAAAUAUGCAGAACAGCACGAAAAAAAUUGGAUUGACAAUGUCAAGUUUAUACAAGCAGUUUCUGGGGAUACUCACUCCACGUCUGGCUCUGUUGCAUUUCAAAGACGUGUUCGAAGAAGCAUCCUUAAUCACAUAAAGUAUCCUGAUUCAAUUCUCCUUGAUUCAUUUAAAAUGAUAUAUAGGAAAUGGUACUCUCUUUCCUUGUAUACAGAUUACUCACAUGAAGAUUUGAAUGAUUUUAGAAGUUUUGCAGGCAUCAUAGCAACUUUGUCAGGUGUUCUAUUUGUUGGUAAUAAUAGUGACAGAGAGAACUAUUCUUAUCUUGAGAGUAUGAAGGCUGAAUUAAUUAAGGAUCUUGACUAUUUCAUUGCAAUGCAAUGUAAGUGGCUUAACGAUACAGAUUUACUAACUAGAGAGAACUCUAAAGAUAUUUUGAGUUUAGAGCUACAUCCUUUAUCUUUCAGAUUUUUAUUCAAAAAUUUAAGAUCUAGAUUACAAGAGAUUUAUGACCUUGAUCUUUCAGAGUGCGAACAAGAGCUAAAUUUUGUUUUGUUGGAGCAAAUUAUUAUUAUAUUGCGAACAAUACUAAACAGAGAGGAUGAAGAGAAAUCAAUGCUUCUAUUUUCUUCCGAGAUCGUAGAUUUUAUUGAUGAACUAUGCUGCCAAGUGGAAAAAAUUCCUCAUACCAGUCCAAAGUAUUUUAAGGGUAUUAUUCAGAUGUCUAAAAUGUUCCGAGCCAUGAAAAGUGCAGAGGGAACGUUAGCAUUGAUGAAUCACUAUCAAUUGAAAAAUAAGUGGCUGAAAAUUGUAACUGAUUGGUUUAAGUUAACAAUAUCAAAGAACUAUGACUUCGAGAAUUUAUCAAAGCCACAUAGAGAAAUGGAUUUGAAGACUCGUGAUUUGGAUAUUCUACACAUCGAUACAGCUAUAGAAUCAUCUAGUGCAAUUGCUUAUCUAACUGAGAAUCUUCCUCUAGAGACACCAGCAUCCACGUCAUCGGAAGAACUCAAGAAGUCUCAGGCAUUAGUUUUUGGCCAUAACUUUAAUAUUCUCUUCAAAGGUCUAGAAAAGACAAAGGAUCCAGAACGUUUUCCUGCAUCAUUGAAACAUAAAAUGAAUGUCUUCACUGAGAAUUUGAUACUUUCUUUAACCAACUUAUCCAAUAGGAAUGUCGAGGCCAGCUUACAGUUUACAUUGCCAAUGGGGUUUUCUAAGAAUAAAAAUAUCCGCCUGGCGUUCUUGAAGGUUUUUAUUAAUAUCGUCAAAAACUCAGAAUCUUCUCAAACUCAAUCACAAAAAGUUAGGCUUGAGGCCAUGGAUAAAUUAUUGAAAUUCGCAAUUAGCCACCCUAAAUUAUCUCUUGUAGCUGCUGCUAUCUGUCCUGCAAAUGAUCUAGAUGCCUAUGCAGCAGACUUGGUUGAUGGUUUCAAUACCAGAAAUGCUGCGCAUUUAGCGGUAUCUCAACUUAUCGAUGCAGAAAUUGAGCAAUCUACUAGAUCUACAGAUAUCCUAAGAAGAAAUAGUGUGGCUACUAGGGCAUUAUCAAUGUUAGCUCGUCUCAAGGGUAACAAAUAUCUAAUUAAGACGUUACAACCAACUCUUUUAGAUCUAAUAAGAAAUCAAGAAGUAUUUGAAGUGGAAAAAUCGAAACCUCCUGGUGAAAACUAUGAAAGAGACGUUGCCCUUUUCAAGAAGUAUAUGAAUAAGAUUUUGGACUCAAUAACAGAUUCUCUUUCAUAUAUGCCUCCAGAGUUAUUCUACAUUUGCCAAGGCAUCUACCAGAAUGUCAAAGAAAAAUUUCCAGAUUAUGCUUUGGUCGCUGUUGGGUCGUGUAUGUUUUUGAGGUUUAUUUGUCCCGCUCUGGUUAGUCCAGAAUCAGAGAACCUAGUCAAUACCAUAUCUAUUAAGGAGAAAAAGUCUUUUAUAUCCUUGGCAAAGGUAAUUCAAAAUAUUGCAAAUGGUUCAGAAAACUAUGUAAAAUGGGAAUCCUUGAAAGAUGAAUGCCAAUUCUUUGAUGAAUGUAAAAAGAAAAUAUUUGAUUUUCUUGCCGAGGUUUGCAGAACUGAUAGGGAGCUAAAAAUAAAAAUUAGGACUGAUCCAACGCCACUACAGUUUGACUUUGGAUUUCUACACAACUUUUUAUACCAAAAUGGUUUGGCUAUUAGAAAGUUCUUACUAAGUAAGGAUAAUAAUACUGAAAACUUUGAGUUCUUGAAAAAUACUAUACUGCUUGUGGAUUCCUUACUAGGGGAAUUGGGUCCUCCACGCUUACAAUACUCUAGUGGGCUUCCUGAUUUCGUGAGAGAAAAUGCUACUACUUAUCCUCAAUUAUACGAAUUUAUGAGUAGGUACGCUUUUAAGAAUGCUCAUACGCUCCAAAGCGCCACUAAUUUUGUUCAAGAAUCAAUGUCUGCACAAGGUAUCCCAACGUUGACAGUUUUGUUCGGAAAUUUCAGCUCCAGUGAUUUAGAAGCGGAGAUUUUAGCUUAUAAAUUUUUGAAAAUUUACUCAAGAAUAUGGUCUGCAAAACACUAUCUUAUUCUCGAUUGCACUAAUUUUCAUAAACCAAGAGCAGAUUCAAAAAAGUUCACGACAAUGCUGUGUACUUUAGUUCCUGAUAUAUUUGUCAGGAAUUGUAUUGGGUUUUACUAUUUUAACGUAAAUGAAGAAUUUAUUGAUAUGUUUUCAAUUUAUUUCCGCGAAGAAAAUCCAUAUUUAAUACCUGAAAUUCCACAUUAUUUUAUUAAUAGUAGCACGGACGAUAAGCUUGUAAAAACUUUAGGUAUCGGCAAUGAGGGUCUGGACAUUAUUGAGGAUGUUCGUAUAUCUCUACAUGAUAUCUCCCUUUAUAACGAAGAAAAGAAGCGAUUCACGCCUGUGCUACUAAAAAUGGGUAACAGAUACUUUCAAGUUCUUCAUGAAACCCCAAGACACUAUAAAAUCGAUGAGAUCAACUCACUAGUAAGCAUCAAGUUUAAUGAUGUCUACGAUAUUAGUCAAAUCUCUGCUGUUCAUGUGUCAUCCAGUACAGGUAUCAUGAAAGAGUUUACAGUUAUCUUCAUUGAUGGUAAAAAGCUGGUAUUCAGCAGCACUAAAUAUUUGGAAAUUGUUAAAAUGUUUUCUCAUGCUCAGUCAAGAUUAGAAAAUGAAUACAAUAUUGCUUCUGCUACUAAUAAUAAUAUCAGGCAUGGAGGAGAAAUUCUAUCUUUAGAGAAAGAAGCCGAGAGCUUGAGUGAAAAUAAGAAGAUUGUAUGUCAUAUAUUACUUGUCUCCUUGGUAGGCUUGUUUGAUGACGACAACUUAGUUAAAAACUUUUCAUAUAAUUUACUGGCCGCAGCAGAACAAUCAUUUCACCUGGAUCUGGGUACUCAUUUUCACAUGUCGCCAGAAAUAUAUGUUCCUGACGAUACAACUACAUUUUUAUGUGUGAUAUCAGAGUCAUUAUCUCAAAACUCUCCCGAACUAACCAGAUAUUUAUGGGAUUAUAUUUUAGAUGGUUUAGAAACAUGUCUAUUACCACAUAACAUGAUUCCGCAGACAAUAUGUGCUCUUUCAUACUGGACACACAACCUCUAUGAGUUUGUUUUCUUAGGUCAUCCAGAAGAAGGUCCUGAGGCCAUUUCGAGAAUAUUCAGAAGCCUUAUUAGACUAACGAUAGCCGAACCUGAUUUUAUUACCAUAUACGUUCAACAAAUAUGGUGUCUAUUAAUAAUUGAUGGUCGAUUAUCAGAUAUACUAGUUGAGGAGGUUAUAAACCACGCUUUAGAGCGUGAUUCAGAAAAUAGGGAUUGGUCUAAAACCAUUCAUCUAUUGACAGCCUUACCAACUGUGGAGAUUUCUAGUUGUAUAAUCGACAGAUUAUUGUUCAAAAUACGUGGAUUUUUGCCAUCUUUGAGAAUUGAAGCGUUAACUCAGAGUUGGUCAGAAUUGACAAUAUUGGUCAAAGUCAGUGUUCAUCUGUUUUUUGAAACUCCUCUUCUUGCUCAAAUGUUUUUGCCUGAAGUUUUGUUCAUUAUAUCUUUAUUAAUUGAUGUUGGUCCGGUUGAACUGCGUAAUUCACUGCAUGGCCUACUAAUGAAUGUUUGCUACUCGUUAUCCAUGAAUCUAGCUCUUGGUGAAAAUGAAAGAUGCCAUCUAGAUGAGAUUACCAGAAUAUUUUCAACUGAGAAAUCGAAAUUCAUGUUUGGAUUCAGUCAGGAAAAGGGAAGCUUACUACAAAGUUUCACCACUACAUCAGUUUCAAGCAAGUUCAAUAUUUUAGAAUGUUUCAUAACAAACAUGAUGGCUUUAAUGGAUUAUGGUGCCACAAUUGAAUCAGGUCAAUGGAAAAGUAGGUAUAAAAAGUAUUUGAUGUCUUUCGUCUUCAACGGGGAUUCCUUCUUAUCAGCCAGGGCAAUUAUGAUUGUUGGGAUUGUUGGGAGAAAUAAUGCAUCAUUAACAUUAUGCCGGAAUUUGCUAGGUGAAACAAUAAAAGUUUCUAGUAUCCCGGUUGUCAAUGAGGAAACUACUUUCCUCCUCAUUGCGCACAUAUUUUGUUUUUCCAAAAUUGUUGAUGGUCUUCACCCAAGCUCCCCCAUAAUCAAAAAAAUGUUUUGGUUUGCAACGAUUUUCCUUGAAUCAAAGCAUCCUAUUUUAUUUGAAUCAGGCUUGCUACUGAUGUCCAUGUGUUUGAGAAAAUUAUACGUGUACAGGUUUGAUGACUCCCUAGAAAUGGGACCUGUAAUCCCUCAGCUGAUGGAGGACAGGAAAUUUGCAGACAGAUUCUUAUGUGAGAUUGAUGAAACAUAUGGUGUCUCCUGGAAUAUUACAAACUUUACAUCUAUUAUUAUUUCGUUCGUUAUUCGUGGUUUCUCAAUACCAUUUAUCAGAUCUAAUGCUCUUUCAUUUUUAUCGAUGCAGUUCAAGCAUAACUAUUACGAACAUUUGAUAGAUAACACAUCCGAGCAAUUCUAUCCUUACAUGUUUUUAAUGUAUCUACUCUUUGGUACAGAACAAUUUAUUGAAAUACUUGAAGAUUCUGAUUAUGAGGAGAAAAUUGUAUAUUUGGAUCAGCAUAUCCGAAUCCCAAUGAGUCUUUUGGAAUGGCUAGGUAAAGACAACGAAGCAUCGCAGGCCACAUUAUUCCAAUGUGCAGCCCUCUUCAGCAGCACAGUAACUGAUGAGCCCUUUAAGCUGCGUUUUUCGUUGAUAUUAGAAUGGCUUUUGAAUGAAAAUCCGUUAUGUGUUUUCAAAUUCUAUGCUCUAAUUCGUCAAGAAUUGAAGAGAAUAUCAUCUUUCGAAAGAGUUUCUGAUUGCGGGCCAGUCAUUUUUGAAAUUGUGAGACUGUUGGUAUUGCAUCCCGAAUUUGACAGGCUGGAUGAAUUCUAUGAUAGUUCUGUGAAAACCUUGAAAGAGAGGGGAUUAGCAGCACUAACGUCUAAUGAAAAUAUUGAACAAGAUACAAAAACUCUGAUUACAUCCCUGUUUGAAAGUCCAGAAACGAUAUUUAAACGUAAAAAGUUAACGACACAAAUUGUAGCUGUAAUGAUAAGCUCUACAUAUUAA